ACGCACAGAAGUGGCGUGUACGUUUCUUCUCGCUCCAGCCCUGCUUGUUUUGGCUGGUCUCCUGACCUUAACGGUCCCUGGUGGCCCUUUUUCAGCCUUUGUCGCGCUGUGAUCCGCACUGCUCGUGGGAGUCAUAGGAAUGACUCAGAGAGACCCAGGAAACCUAGAAAUGGACUCAGUGGCCAUUGAGGAUGUGGCUGUGAACUUCACCCCGGAGGAGUGGGCUUUACUGGACCCUUCACAGAAGAAACUCUACAGAGAUGUGAUGCGGGAAACCUUCAGGAACCUGGCCUCAGUAGGAAAAAAAUGGGAAGAUCAUGAUAUUGAAGAUUCAUAUAAAAAACAGGGGCGAAAACUCAGAAAUCAUGGGGUAGAGAGACUCUGUGAACAAAGUAAAGAGGGUAGUCAAUGUGGAGAAAACUUUAGCCUUAGUCCAAAUAUGAAUCUAAACAAGAAAACCACUGGAGUAAAACCACAUGAAUGCAAUACAUGUGAAAAAGUCUUUAUGCAUCAUUCAUUCCUUAAUCUGCACUACAGAUUUCACACUGAACAUAAACCAUAUGAGUAUCAGAAAUAUGGAGAGAAGCCAUAUGAAUUUAAGGAAUGUGGUAAAGCUUUUAGUUAUCGCCAGUUUUUUGAUAAACAGGAAAGAAACAACAACGGAGAGAAAAACUAUAAAUGUAAGGAAUGUGGGAAAACGUUUUGUGCUCGCACGUCCCUUCAAACACAUAAAAGGAUUCACACAGGAGAAAAACCCUACAAAUGUAAGGAAUGUGCGAAAGCUUUCAUGUGGCAUACAGCAUUUCAAAGACACAUGAUAAAGCACACUAGCGAAUCUCCUUAUAAAUGUAAGGAAUGUGGGAAAGCUUUUAAUUGUUCCACUUAUUUGCGAAUACAUGAAAGAACUCACACUGGAGAGAAACCCUAUCAAUGUAAACAGUGUGGAAAAGUCUUUAGAUAUCAGCAUACUUAUCAAGUACAUGAAAGGACUCACACAGGAGAAAAACCAUAUGAAUGUAGGCAGUGUGGUAAAGCCUUCAGUUGUCCCAGUUCUCGUCGAAAACAUGAAAGAACUCACACUGGAGAGAAACCCUACAAAUGUAAGGAAUGUGGGAAGGCCUUUAGUGAUCUGACAGGCCUUCGAGUACACAUGAUUACUCACACAGGAGAUGGACCUUAUAAAUGUAAGACAUGUGACAAAGCAUUCUUGUCUCCCAGUUCAUUUCGGAUACAUGAAAGGAUUCACACUGGAGAGAAACCUUAUGAAUGUAAAGUAUGUGGUAAAGCCUUCAGUUAUUAUUCUUCCUUUCAAUCACAUGAAAGAAUUCACACUGGAGAGAAACCCUAUGAAUGCAAGGAAUGUGGGAAAGCCUUCUCUCGUCAUCAAACCUUAAAAAUACACAUGAGAAUGCACACUGGAGAGAAACCCUAUGAAUGUAAAGAAUGUGGGAAAGCCUACAGGUGUUAUCUUUCCUUCCAAAUACAUAAAAGAAGUCAUACUGAAGAGAAACCCUAUGAAUGUAAACAAUGUGGUAAAGCCUACAAACAUUACAGUUCCUUAGAAGCACACAAAAGAAUUCAUACUGGAGAAAAGCCCUAUGAAUGCAAGGAAUGUGGGAAAGCUUUCUUCCAUAACCAAACCUUAAAAAUACACUUGAGACUGCACACCGGAGAGAAACCCUAUGAAUGUAAGCACUGUGGUAAAGCUUUUAGGUAUUACUUUCCCUUCCAAAAACAUGAAAGAAGUCAUUUUGUAGAGAAAUCAUAUGAAUGUAAGCAAUGUGGCAAAGCCUAUAGAGAUUACGGUUCCUUGCGAACACACAAAAGAAUUCAUACUGAAGCAAAACCUUAUGAAUGCAAACAAUGUGGUAAAGCCUUUAGAUAUUCCUUUUCCUUCCAAAAACAUGAAAGAAGUCAUACUUUAGGGAAAUCUCACGAAUGCAAGGAAUGUGGGAAAGCCUUCUCUCGUCACCAAACCUUAAAAGUACACAUGAGACUGCACACCGGAGAGAAACCCUAUGAAUGUAAACAGUGUGGUAAGUCCUUUAGAUAUUCCUCUUCCUUUAGAAUUCACGAGAGAGGUCAUGAGAGAAAUCUUGCGAAUGUAAGCCGAGUGGUAAAGCCUACAGCAAUUACAGUUCCUUAGAAACAAAAGAACUCAUGAGAGAAACCCUAUGAAUGUAAAAAAGUUGGAAAAACCUCAGUUAUUAUCAAAGUUUUUGAUAACAUGAAAGAAAUCAGAAGAGAAAUCCUAUGAAUAUAAACAAUGUGGCAAAGGCUACAUAUGUUACAGUUUUUUAAUAAACACAUGAAAAGACAGAAAUACUAUGAGUGUAAACCAUGUGGUAGAGCUUUCUGUUCUCAUCUAGAGUUUUAAAUACGUGCAUUUACAGUGAAGAAAAAUUCUAUGAAUGUAAAUGUGGUAAAGCCUUCAUUUUUCACACAUAAGUUCAAGAAUACAUGAGAGUGCACACUUGAGAGACAUAUAAAUGUAAAGGAUGUGGAAAGACUGUAGUCAUCCCAGUUCCUUCCAAAGGCAUGAAAGGACUUUCUAGAUAAAACUUUUUGAAUAUAAGUUGUGUGUGAAACACUUAAAUUGGCCCACAUCCUUACAUGUGAAAACUCCUACCAAACAAAUAAAAAACAAGAAAGUUUGAUAGAAAUUCAUGUAUAAUGUUCCAGAAAACUUUCAAUAUGAAAGUUAUUAAUAAACUUGUAAAUAUAUUAUUUAUCUAGCUUCUCUUUUAAUGUAAAUCAUUAAAAUGUGGGUUUCUAUUAAUUAUUUAAAGAAAUGGAUAUUGAGGUGAGAUAAUUCUUUGAGUCAUCUUCAGCAAUAGUACUUAAAUAGUGCAUUUUUCUUAAAUCAGUUAAAAAAUUGUUUUUAUUUUGAAGCUUGUUAGAUUGAUGAGUGAGAUGCAGUGUAUUUCUAAUAUGCAAUUAGGUUUAAUUCCUUAUAAUGUUUUAUUUGGUUUGUGGUAAGAGGCCAUUGAAAUUUGACAGUGUGGUAUUAGUUGGGAUUUUCAUAUGGCCUUGUGGCAGUUCCUGUAAAUCCUUAGUUUAUUAUAUAUAUUCUACCUUUCUUAUGGAUAAAGUUUCUUUUUUGGA